AUGGUCGCUAGAGAUGGAUCCAAAGAUGAUCAAAUUUUUGAUUAUGAUCGUUUAUUAAAUAUUGAUGAUAAUAAUAUUAUAGAUAAGGAAGAAAAUAUUUUUAGUAAUGAUAACUUUAAUAUUAACGAAGAAUUAAACUAUGAAGAACAACUGGAAUACGAUAUUGAUUGGGAAUAA